AUGGCCACAACAGGAAAGGUGAUUCAGUGUAAGGCAGCUGUCGCCUGGGAGCCCAAUGCGCCUUUGGUCAUUGAAGAAAUUGAAGUGGCUCCACCUCAAGCCAAUGAGGUCCGCGUUCAGAUUGUUGCAACUUCAGUGUGCCACUCGGACCUGUACCACCUGUAUGAGGGAAUGCCCCAAGAUGGCUUCCCUGUCGUCCUUGGACACGAGGCAGCCGGAGUCGUGGAGAGUGUGGGCUCCGGAGUCACUGAAUUCAAACCUGGUGACAAGGUGAUCCCCCUGUUCAUAUCCCAGUGCAGAGACUGUGAUUUCUGCAAGACUCCAAAAACCAACCACUGCGUUCAAACAUGGAGUGAGGUCCGCCAAGAUUCUCUGACAGCGCCAGACUCAAGGUUCAGCUGUAAAGGCAAGAAAAUACUGCAGUUUUUAGGUGUUAGUACUUUUUCAGAGUACACUGUGGUCAAGCAAUACAACCUGGCCAAGAUCCACGAGUCCGCUCCCCUGGAUAAAGUGUGUGUUAUCGGCUGUGGCCUCUGCACUGGAUAUGGAUCAGCUGUUAACGUGGCUCAGGUAGAGGAGGGAUCCACCUGUGCUGUGUUUGGCCUCGGAGCGGUAGGUCUGGCUGCUAUAAUGGGCUGUAAGGCGGCAGGGGCCAGGAGAAUCAUUGCUGUGAACCGAAGCUCCGAGAAGUUUGAGAAAGCCAAGAUUUUAGGAGCUACUGACUGUGUGAGCCCCAGAGACCACAGCAAACCCAUCCACCAGGUCCUGCUCGAGAUGACCAGCGGAGGAGUGGACUUCGCCUUGGAGUGUGUGGGGAAGGCUGAGGUUGUGGAGAGCGCCCUCCUCUCCACAGUCCCAGUGUGGGGGGUCAGUGUCAUCGUGGGCUACUCCAAAGUCCAGAAGUUCACAGCUCACUCUGCUGACCUCAUCACUGGACGCACACUGAAGGGGGCGCUGUUUGGAGGAUUCAAAAGUAAAGAUGGGGUGAUGGAGAUGGUAAAUCGCUACAUGGAAAAGAAGAUCAUGUUGGAUGAGCUUAUCACACACAACAUGGACUUGAGUCAGAUCAUGGAGGCUGUGGAACUUAUGAAGAAGUCCAAAUGUGUCCGAGCCGUCCUGAAGACCUCUCCACAAUAA